AUGGGGCUGACUCUCGCUUUCCCUUUCAGUUUGAUCAUCCUUGCCCUAACCUGGGCCUCCUUCAUCCCCCAGAUCAAGCAUGUGUGGAAGACGAAACACAGCCGGGGGAUCUCCACUGCCUACCUGCUUUUUAACGUCCUCUGCAUCACAGAAUAUGUCUUUUUUCAAUCCCUUGACACCGCCUAUCUUUGGGAUAUCUCCAAAUUGCCCUCAGCGCCGGUCUCUGUCUCCCCUUUGGACUGGGUCAAUCUCGCUCAAGUAUUAGGGGUGUGGGUAUUGUCCAACGUCUUCUUCUUGCUGUGUCUCUUCUACUCCCCUCCGACCGGACCCCAUCGUCAUCUUCUGCGAAUCCUCCUUACUCUCGCUCUCUAUUCCUUCUUCCUACUUUUCACUCUGGUCCCGCUCAUAUUAGACCUCACCACCGACGUCUUCUGCCGGCCGAACAAUCCGCACGAUUGCCCGCUGCCUGAGCGGGACGUGGUCCCUUUCCUUCGCGGCAUCCACUGCUACUUUCUCUUGCCCAUCACGACGCUGAUUCUCCCUGUUCUGGGUUUCUAUAAGCAAGCACAGCGCCAGAGGCGACAGCGACAUCAAGAACAAUCAAGGAGGCAGCAUCAUCAGGAGCCCCGCGAACAGGCCAUAAUGAUACCUCCGUCUCAUCCCCCAUCACCGACCACCCCCACAGAUCUUAACCGCCUACUUGCCCGCUCCCGCCUUUUUCAGGCUGCUAUCUUCGCGCUCUCGGCCAUCCUCUGGAUUUUCCGCUUGCCUCCAGGGAAGCAGGAGCGAGCGUACGAACCGCCACCGCCGACCGAUGAUCCUCUUCCGCCCCCGCCCUGGCUGUUGGUCUGCUUUCAAUGGUGGAUAUUCAUGGGGUAUAUGACCGUCGAUGAGGCCAUUUUUGCGGUCGGACAGGGUUUGUUGGGGUGCUUGGGUCUACGGAAGGCGAUAGCAGCCGAGGGGAGAAGUGAAGGUGAGGAGGCGGAGAGAAGGCUGUUGUUGGUAGCGGCUGAGGAACGUUCCACAUACGGAUCUGAAAGUUGA